GUCAGCAGCAACAGCUAAAGCAGCAGCAGGCAGAACAACAAGCUAAAGCUGAGAGAUAAAAAAGAAGAAAAGAAGCAGACACAGGCACCGCUAUUAAAAUUAGGGGCCACAUCGACAACGCAACCAACUGUUCGAAUUUAUUUCAACAGUAUUAGCCAAAAAAAAAGACGGAAAAUUCAUAAAGCGCAUGCGUUGCUCUCAACAAUUUCUUUUGACUAAAACAAUUACAACAGACUUUUGAAACAGCUGCCUGAAAAACAUUUUCAAAAAUAUUUUGUUUGCCGCUUGACUUAAGACCAGAGAGAUAAAAGAUAAACGCGCGAUACGCUCGCAUUUAAAUAACAGAAAGUACGGUUACGUACAAUUAAUCUGUGUAAAUUUAACAUAAAUUCUGUGACUGUGUACGUCUAGUGUUCUAUAUAUAUAUAUAGCCGCAGCAUCGUUUGCAUAUGUGACAGUGACAUCCUUAAACACACUUUGUAAAUUGUUGAUAAACUUGUGUAAAUUACUAUAAUAGCUGUAAAAUACUUGUUAAUUAUAUAUUCUACGGCACGUUAAUCAGUCAAGUGUGUGUGGUGUACAGCAAAUUGCAUAAUUUGCAUAAGUUGCUGUUCAGUUGGUCAACACACUUGGUAGACGUCAUCUCGCAUCAAGUUCAAGCCCAACCACUAACAUGUCUAAUACGGAGAAACGUGGUCUAUUCGUGCGCAACUUGCUAUCAUGUCGUCAGGUAUUGAGUUUGCUAACCAUGCUCGGCUUCAUGCUGAACUAUGCCCUGAGAGUAAAUCUAACAAUUGCCAUUGUGGACAUGACAGUGCCGUUGCCAAAUAAAACAGCCACCAAUAGCAGCAGCCCCAGCAACACCAACAGCAGCAGCAGCGGGAUAAUGAGCAACACCACCCACGAUGGCGUCGAGGUGUACGAGGAGCGCUUCGCUUGGGACACAUUGCAGCAGAACUAUGUGCUGGGAUGUUUCUUUUGGGGCUAUGUGCUGACUGAACUGCCAGGCGGGCGCUUGGCUGAGCUUAUAGGCGGACGUCGCGUCUUUGGACAUUCCAUGCUGUGGGCAAGCUUGUUGACGCUAAUAACGCCACUGGCGGCUCAUAUAAAUUAUAUUGUGCUGAUUGUGGUGCGUGUUGCUUUGGGCUUUAUGCUGGGCGCCUCCUGGCCAGCUAUACAUCCUGUGGCUGCCGUCUGGAUACCACCAAUGGAGCGCUCCAAGUUCAUGUCCAAUAUGAUGGCUUCCUCACUGGGUGCAGCCAUUACCAUGCCCGUCUGUGGUUAUCUCAUCUCCGUUGCUGGCUGGGCGAGCGUUUUCUAUCUGACUGGUGCCAUUGGUUUGCUUUGGUCGCUGGCCUGGUUCUCGCUUGUCUAUGAGACACCCGCCACACAUCCACGUAUUACAUCCGAGGAGCGACGUGAAAUUGAAGAUGCUAUUGGCACUUCCACCAACAAGAGGCGUCCUAGCUACGUGCCCUGGGGUCAGGUGCUCUGCUCGCCCGCUGUCUGGGCCAUCAUCAUUACACAUGGUCUCUCCGUCUUUGGUUUCUUCACUGUGGUUAAUCAGCUGCCCACAUUUAUGUCCCAGAUUCUGCACUUUGACAUCAAAGAGAAUGGCUUGUUCUCUUCGCUGCCUUACUUGGGCAAGUAUGUGAUGGCUGUGUCCUCCUCCUAUCUGGCUGAUUAUCUGCGUCAGAAGGGCACACUUAGCACCACUGCAACUCGCAAGCUCUUUACCACUUUUGCUCUUGUCACCCCUGGUUUGCUGAUGAUCGCUCAAGUGUUUCUGGGCAUGGAUGCCAUCUGGUCCGUUACCAUAUUCUCCUUGGCCUUGUUUGCUCAUGGCGCUGUUACUGCUGGUUACUUGGGCAAUGGUUUGGAUAUUGCGCCCAACUUUAGUGGCACUAUUUUUGGCAUGGCCAACACUUUGUCCUCCUUUGGUGGCUUCCUCUCUGCCUGGAUGGUGGGCGCUCUAACCGUUAAUGAUAAAUCCUUCCAUCAAUGGCAAAUUGUAUUUUGGAUCUUGGCCGCCUGUUACAUCUCAGCUGCUCUAGUUUUUGUUGUCCUGGGCAGCGGUGAGCUGCAGUCCUGGAACAAUCCACCAGAGCGCAAGAAGAUUAGCGAUGUCUCUCACGAGGAAGGUGUGCCGCUAAAGAAUGAGAAAUAAGCUUUUCCAACCCACCCAACUAUACAAAAACAACUGCACAAGUUAUAGUAGUUUCUACUGCACAUUUGAGAUUUUCUUUAGUUAUAGAGAGAAAGUGAGUUUUCUCUCUCAUAAUCUAAGCACAUUAUGGAAGACAUUAGUUUUACCUAAACUGUAAAGUUUCUAUACAUACACUCACACACAACACACCCUCUACCCCACUUAUUGCUAAAUGACUAUGUAAUCCUGAUAAGUAAUAUUUACUUAGCAUUCAUUUAUUUAAGGCAAGACUUUGAAGCAAAAUAUUUUUGCUUUUCAGCUGCUGCACAACACACACAUUUUACAAUCUAUCUAAUAUUAUAAAUGUAAUGUACAUAGCUUAAUUGAUUCUGUAUGUCAAGUAGACAAUUGAUUUUUGUGCAUCACUUAUUCUGUUUAAUUUAUUAAGUAGAACUAUAUUGCAUAACUAUGUACUCGUAUUAGCUAAACACAUAAAUUGCAUAGCUUAAUUAAGUUAAGUUGAAGAUACAUUAUUAUUUAUGUAAUUAAUU